GAAACUAAAAGAAAGAAAACUCUCAUCCCAUUAGCCUACACUACACACUCCCAGGACCGUAAAUACAUAAUAAUCAACCUCCUAGACAAAAAAUCAAAUCAUCAAAACCACCAUUCAUCCACCCACAUUCACUCCUCUCCAACUUCACUCUAUCUCAUCUCAUCUCCAAUCUCUUAUGACCCUCUCUCUAUCAGCCUCAUCUCAUAAAAAAGUCCCAAUCACUCACUACUUGAGCCACUUCCCCAUCAAGAACCAGACAGAGAGACAGAUAGACAUAUCACCUCUAUCAAUUUUUCUUUAUUUUUUUAUUUUUUUCUUUCUAUAUCACUCAUCACUCAACCCCCCUCUCCAUUUCCACUCCCAUUUACCUCCCUCCCCCCUCAAAAAAACAACAAAAAAAAAAAAAACACACACAAAAGCAAGAAAAAAAAAGUUCAAAGUCAAGUAACCUCAGCAUCCCAAGCCCCCCUCCUCCCGACAUCGGGGGCUCCGACCAUCAAGAACCCAACAACCAGCAGCAGAGCAGCACAAUCUUUUGCAUGUAGAUCCGAACUACGCUUUUCGUUUCAGUAUAGACUUUGUGAAUUCUUUUCUCUCCAGUUUCAAUCCUGUUUAUUGCUGCUGUUCCUGCUUCUUUACAACACAGUAUAAUACGAUUUGAUACAAUACAAUCCAGUUCAAUACAAUACGAUACGAUACAUAAAUACAUACAGCUUCAACAUCGAACCACCUUUUUCCCAUUCAAAAAUUCCUGCACUUCUUUCAAGUUUUUUUUAUCUUAAAAGGGAAAGCUUUCUCAGAAACAUUCUGGGAAUUGAAAAGUUUGGGAUUUAUCACAAGAAAGCAGGCAAGCAAGUAACCAGACAACAUACAAGUCCAUACAUCAAAGUUUCAGCAUCAAAGAACCAAAGGCGCAAGAAACGAAAUUCCUUCUAUCUAUCUCUUUACCAACCUUUCGUCUCUGCUCUUUAUUUACAGCAUUCAAAUUCCCGUUGAAUUGAACAAAAACAAAAGAUGUACCCGAUCAAAGAAAACGCUCAAGAUACUACCACCACUCCAGCGCCCACAGGAAACAAUGCGAUGUUGAAGCGCCUCCGAGGCAGUGGAUCAAGCGGUCGAAACCGACCUGGUUCUCGAACUCGCCAUACGCACCAAAACGAUGCUACUCCUACCGCGCCUGCGCGACAACAGCCACCUUCUGCUAAUGAUUUUCCGCCAUUGGGAUUUGAUGCAUUGCAGGAUGGGAAUGUGUUUGGAAACGUAGUCGGAAGCACAAAUGUUCGACCAUCCAUCACGGGUAUCCUGGCCAGACCUACCGGCGCGACAAAUGCAAGAGAAGGAAACAAAUUGGGAGCUGGGAUUGGCAUGGGAAUGGGUCAACCGGCUAUAAACCGACGAGUUUUGAGAGCAAAAUCUAUCUCUGCGAACUACUCCGUUCCCACUGGAGAUUUCAUGGGCGGUAAGAAGGGGGAAAUGUUACAAGACGCACCGGAAGUCUCAUCCUACACGGGACCUCCUCAAUUAUCUCGUCGUGGAAACCAACUUCCUGAUCUUUCUGACACAAGUGCAACUUCAACCCGUGCAAAUAAAGUUGUCGCUGCGUAUCAGGCUGCAAACUCCGCACCGAAUCCUUUUGCUAUGACGCAGGCAGCUGGAACAUCCCUUACUCAUCGAAGCGGUGCCUAUGAAAUUGGAAAGAACUUUGACCGUCUCCGAGUUCAAGGUACUCAUCUCGGCCUAGCCACUUCACCAUAUUUUCCCAAGUCUACCGAGGACUUGGUUAAGCAUCGAGAGGAGCGAAAGAAUGACGCACGGGAUGAAAUGAACGAGCGAAUCAAGAACAAAGAGGAGGUUAUGAGAAUGAAGGGUGAAGGUACUUAUGUCAAGGUUAAGCCUACCUUCAGAGGAAGAGCAUUUAGCGAUGGAUUUUCAAGCGUACUCGGUCGGAAGACCAUUUGGGGACAUCCUAGCUUGGACGAGGAGUUAGCUGUACGAGCAGACUGGCCAACUUUGACAGAUUUCAAACAAGCAGGAUUAAGAAAGGCGGGCUUGCCUUCUUUGAAAUAUAACAUUGGGUAUGAAAAUGGAAUGGCGGGAGAGGAGAUUACAUCGUUCGCAAUAGACAGAGUUGGAUUGGGUGGAAGAAGAGCAGAGGAUCGCGCCUUGAUCAAUGAAGAAGACAUUAAGGAGGUUGGUGAAAUGAAAAGUCUUCUUGAAGCCAUCGAUGGAUGAAUGGUCUUUUAAGAAAGGAGACUGUGAAACAGAUUUGAAAUAUCUCGCUAACAUGCAUUGUUUUCUGCAUAGCGUGGGAAUCGUGAACAAGCAUUUCAUCGACGGCGAUUAGCGAGCGAUAUAGCGAAGUAAUAAAGCGAAGUAGCAAGCGGCAUAGGCAUAGGCAUAGCGGAUGUGUUUUUUUCCCUUUCUUUCUUUCUUUCCUUUUCUUUUUUCCAUUUCCUUGCGUUUUCCUCUCAGGACGGGCUAGAGUGACAGGAAGACAGCGCAGACAUAGUGUAUCUCCCACUCAAGGAUAUGACUACGGGUAACUCUUUCAACUUAUUCUUUCAGCGGAAGGAUAGAUACAUGUGGACAUAAGCUAUAGAGAAACUCAUAACGUAUGAUCUGUACCAGACAAAGCAGGAAAGGGAGAACAGCGAGCAAGCAGAUAACGAGUAAUAAUGAGAAGAUAUUCAGACCAUUUCCAAUAUUCUUGAAGAGGGGAUAUUGGAAGUAGAGAACCAAAGAAUCUAUCUACUUCUGGAUGUGAGUGAGUUGUGUUCUGAUCGUAGAUGAUAGAGAACGAAUCGUGUUCGAGAUGAGAUGUGAUAUCAAAGUCACCUAUCUGAGGUUGUCGAGACGAUAGAGAUGUGUCCUGAUUCGGAGACUGUUAUCUGAGAAACAUGAAGAAGUUCUUCAGUAGCUCGAUCAAGUGAUUUCCAUAACCCAUAAUACGUGAGUGAAAGAUUAAACCGUAGAUCAAAAAACUCAUCAAACACA